AUGAGUGCCAUUAUCCGCGGCUACGGGGACACCGAUUCGGCUAGUGCGGUGGCAUUUCUGCAGAAGACAGAGCUUCAGAAUCCAGCAACCCAGACCACUAGGCCAGUCUUCACGCCGCCUCUCUUCAUCAGUUAUCACCCCCAACAGAAACCCAUGGGCUCUUCAGCUUCAAAGCCCGUGAGGUCAGCCGCUCAAGCUGCCUCACGACGUCAGUAUCCGAAACAGCCUUCCCCUUCCACUUCCGCCUCCGCUCCAUCGUCCGCUCCAUCGUCCGCUCCAUCACCACCCAAAGUCCCUAGGGAGCCCAAGGCGAGUUCCCCAGGGCCUACAUAUCACUCGAAGGAGCAACCGUCUACGGUGAAAACUAGCGAUUCAACUCCAAUAGCUAUUGAUUUCGACGGCCGAGAUCCUGAUUUUGCCGCCUCCCUCCGCAGCAUUGGACCUGUCAAUCCUGUCCCGACAUACUCUCACUCGAGCACAUUUUCCGCCCAGCCCUCUCAGCACAAGCCAGGACAGACGGGGUUCUCCCCGGCGUCCAAUCCGGCUCUGUUAAUAUACAGUUCUCGCGACCAGAUAUCAAAGGCAGCGAAUCAUGAGCUGGAGAAUCUCGGACGGUCGAGUUUCGCGGGACGAGAGUUCCUCGACGCUGUGACGAUUCGACAGGCGCUGACAAUGCGGGAUCGACAGGGUCUGCAGCCGGGGGAAAUUGAGAGGCUUCUACGGUUGAAGAAAGGUGUGAUGGGUCGAUUGGGGAGACCCGGGGUUGUGUCGGAGAUUGGAUAG